UAGACAUCAACGUGAUCAGAUCAGUCAGUCAGUUAUAAUAAAAAAAAUGAAAUUAAUACUAGUUAUCACGAUGAUAUCAAUGCACUUUUGUGCAUUCGCAUACAGCACACAACGUCCACCAAAUAGAAAUGCUGAAGCAGAAGGAAGUCCAUUUUUGGACAUGGCAGCAUCAUUCUUAGAGAAUUUUAGUCAGGGACAAGGUGGAAAUAGUGGAUCCGGGAUUGAAGGAAUUGCUGGAAUUGCCUCAAUGAUUGGAAGUAUGAUGCAAUCAUCAGAAACUGGUAAAUCACAACCAUCGGGUGCUGCACAAAUUAUUGCUGGUCUUGGAAGUUUAUUGGCAGCAAAUAGUGGAACUGGAAAUAGUAAUAGUGGGGGUGGGGGCUUUGAUCCAUCAAUUAUUGGAAACGUUAUUCAAAUGUUUGCAGCUGCUAAUUCCGGGAGUGAUCAGCGUGGCAAACGAUCGAGUGAAGGCAAUGGACUAGAAACAGUUUUAUCGCUGGCAUCAACUUUCUUGUCUAGUUAUAAUAAUCAAGAGACUGACGAUGAUAUUGAGACUAAUGAAAUUAAGCAUAACGAGAAUCCCUACAAGAAACAGAAGGAAGAGCCAAAGCAUCCUGGAUUAAAUGGCGACAACCUGCUUAAUUUACUUCCAAUAGUCAUGCAGACAUUAAAUUCAUUCAGUGGAUCAGCAAUGGAAAAGACUGAGGCAAAGCAUAAGCACGAUCAUGGAGGUGUUUUGCCGCCAUUCUUAGAGAAGAUCCAUACAGCUUGGGAUCACUUUACAAAUUCGGAACUUAGUGACGCAAUCUAUAAGAAAAUUGGACUUGAUAUGGUCUUUAAAGGGUUCGUAGGACGUGACGGAAAAGUUGAUUAUGAUAAACUCUUCGAGACACUCCAAAAUCAAUCAUAUAGGAAGCGUUGGAUCCAAAAAUCUAUCGUAUAUCUUGCAGAAUGGGCAAAUUAUCUCGCAAAUCCAGAAGUUUACAGAAGCUACUUCGCCACUGGUCAAAUGAUGUUCAACGGAUUUUUGCAAUCACAAAACUUUCCAAAGAAGACACAAUUUGAUAUCAAGAAGCCAAGUGAGACAAUCUCAAGUCUCAUAAAUUAUGCAGUGAAAAAGCAUCUAAUGAUUGAUGUUGAUUCAAUGCCAUACGUUAAUCCAUUUAUCAGCUACGUUAAAGAUGUACUUAAAUUAGGAAAGAACCGUGAAUAUUUACAAAAGAUGAAUUCAACUGAUGUAAGCAAUAAGCUGACUGACACACUUAACUUAGAGAUCAUUGAACCAGUUCUUAAAAUCCAUCGAGCAUAUAGAUAUGCAACAAAUGUGGAUUCAGAAUGUGACCGUUAUGUAUUGUGUGAAAUUAAUUCACAUGAUCCUAAUGAGAAGCUCGGUCUGGGUGGUUUUAAAUCAGGCGUUCUCAAGUUUGGAAGUUAUGCAGCAGCAUGGUUCAUCAGUGAAAAGACACACACACCAUUCUGGACAUUAUUUGGUGCUGUAAAUGAUCCUUAUGAAUGUCAGGAGAAAUAUCCAAUAGAUUGUCAAAGAUUUAAUGACGGAGAGAAUAGAGUAACAACAGAAUAUUCUCAUACAGAACUCUAAGACUUGUGAAAUUUGAACUGAACCUGAUUUGAAUUUCUUUACUUUCCUUGAAACUGUACAAAUGUUUUUAACUUCUCAAUUAAAAACCUUUCAAUUCCU